GAGCGCUCCGCCCGGGGUCUGGCGUUUAUAGCUCCGCGCUGGCCGGCCCGUGGCGGCUGCGGUGUUCGGGGUCGCGAUGUCAGGGCAGCAGGACCGGGCAGAGCAGCGGCGAGAAGAGCCGAGCGCGCCGGCCUCGCCGCCCUCCCGCUUCGUGCUGGGGCUGGACGUGGGUAGCACGGUGAUCCGCUGCCACGUCUAUGACCAGACGGCGCGAGUGCGGGGCUCCAGCGCGCAGAAGGUAGAAAAUGUUUACCCUCAACCUGGCUGGGUUGAAAUCGAUCCUGAAUCUCUCUGGGCUCAGUUUGUUGCCGUAAUAAAAGAUGCUGUCAAAGCUGCGGGGGUGCAGAUGAAUCAAAUUGUCGGUCUUGGCAUAUCAACGCAGAGAGCCACUUUCAUUACAUGGAACAAGACAACAGGCCAUCAUUUUCACAACUUCAUUAGUUGGCAAGACCUAAGGGCAGCUGAACUUGUAAAGUCCUGGAAUAAUUCUCUCAUAAUGAAGCUGUUGCAUGGGGCCACCCGAGUCCUUCAUCUCUUCAGUAGAAGUAAAGUCAUGUUAACAGUGAGCCGCUUCAGUUUCAGCACCCAGCAUGUCACCUUAAGGUUGGCCUGGAUUUUACAAAACCUGUCUGAGGUGAAAAGGGCAGUUGAAGAAGACAAUUGUUGCUUUGGGACGAUUGAUACCUGGCUGUUACACAAGCUCACCAAAGGUUCUUCCUACGCCACGGAUUAUUCAAAUGCCAGCACCACUGGAUUUUUUGAUCCCUAUGCGAUGCGCUGGAGCAGGCUCAUAACCACCAUGGUCUCCAUCCCACUGUCUAUCCUACCUCCUGUGAAGGACACCAGCUAUAAUUUUGGAUCAGUGGAUGAGGAGAUAUUUGGCGUGCCUAUACCAGUUGUUGCCUUGGUCGGUGACCAGCAGUCGGCCAUGUUUGGAGAGUGCUGCUUCGAGAUGGGAGAUGUGAAGCUAACCAUGGGAACUGGAACAUUUUUGGAUAUCAAUACUGGAAAAAACCUUCAGCAUGUUAAUGGAGGCUUUUAUCCACUAAUUGGAUGGAAGAUUGGGCAAGAACUUGUAUGUUUAGCUGAAGGCAAUGCAGGAGACACGGGCACCGCCAUAAUAUGGGCUCAAAAAUUAGAUCUCUUCACAGAAGCUGCUGAGACUGAAAAAAUGGCCCUGAGCCUGGAGGAUUCUGAAGGGGUUUACUUUGUUCCGUCUUUCAGUGGAUUACAGGCUCCAUUAAAUGACCCCUGCGCCUGUGCCUCUUUUAUGGGUUUGAAGCAUUCCACUAAUAAAUACCAUCUCGUCCGAGCAAUAUUGGAGUCAAUAGCUUUCAGGAACAAACAGUUAUAUGACAUGCUGCAGAGAGAAAUCCAGAUUCCCAUCACGAAUAUCCGGGCAGAUGGAGGCGUGUGCAACAAUGCUUUCGUCAUGCAGAUGACUUCAGACCUGAUUAAUGAGAAGAUAGACAGACCUGCUCACUUUGACAUGUCCUGCUUGGGUGCAGCCUCUCUGGCUGGCCUUGCUGUUGGAUUUUGGGCAGACAAGGAAGAGCUACAGAAGCUGAGGCAAAGUGAGAUGGUUUUCAAGCCUCAGAAGAAGUGGCAAGAAUAUGAGGUGAAUAUGGAAAACUGGGUAAAAGCAGUGAAGCGCUCUAUGAAUUGGUAUAACAAGACAUAGCCCCGAGGAGCCAUGGAAAACCUGCAGGCUCAGGGUCAGGAUGUGCUGAUGAUGGGAGCCGUACAGGGAUCACUGUGUGACCAUAGCCGAAGAGGAGAAGAUUCGAAACGAGCCUCCCAGACUGAGAGAAGAAGCCAGGCUCUUUAAAACAAAACAGAACAAAACAAAACAACCUCACAUACAAAAAAGUACUUCUUAUUUUUUAAACCCAAAUCAUAGUGAAACUUUUAGGCAGCAAGACCUCAAAAUUGUGUCUGCUUUCUUCUGGCGAUUUCCAAAGGACAUUGUCCACUCCCAGCUGCAUUUCAGAUACUUGUGAGUCCUCUUUUUUUAUACAGGGUCAAUGGCACAUACAUCAUAGUCGUCAUUUACCCUAAUGAUUCCGGGUCACAUUUUGUUAAAAAUGAUGAAAUGUUUUCUUAAAUUUAAAAUCAAGAGGGCUCUUUGAAACCUACGUAGCUAAAAUGGAGAGGUUGUUGAGAAACCGUUUUAUAUAUAAAGCCAUAGUUGUUACACGUCAUAUCCUCGGGUAAGCUCUGAUGGCACUCCUCAAUGACCUCAUUAGUCAGCGCAUUCCUCUGUCAUGCAUAAAGACGCUGCCUUAAUUCUUCUGCACAGCCAAACUCUGAGCUGUUUGGUUGUUCCCGUUGAGGUACAGUGUCACCACACAGCCCAGGCUGGCUUGAAACAUGACCUCCUUCCUCCUCUCUCAGAUUCUAGGAUUAUAGGCAGGCACCGUCAUGCCUAGGUGGGCACUCGGCAUACAUUGAGGAACGCAUCUUAGUGGACUGAAAAGGAUAUUGAGGCUAGGCAUGGUGGCAAAUAUGGGGACUUUCGAGGCUGAGGCCAGGGGAGCGUGAGCUUGAAGCCUGUCCAGAUGAUACAGUGAAGUCCAGGCAAUCUGGUGAUGCAGUGAGGCCUUGUCUUUGAAAAUAUCUUGUUUGUUUGAGAGAAGAUCCUGCUGCCUAACCCAUGCCAAUUUCUAACUCUUAAGCCCCCUACUUUAGUCUCCAGAGUUGUGUGUAACAUUCUAUUUUUAUAAAAUGUAAGCAGUUAAUGUAAAUCUUUCUUCCUGGUUCUUUAUCUUUCUUGACUCGUUGAAAUGCUUGCAUAAAUGUCCCCUUUUUAAAAAGUGCCUACUUACUUGACAGAGUUUAAUUAUUGUUAGUUUUGUUUGUUUGUUUUGGCAACCGAGUCUCAUUAUGUAGCUCAGACGAGCCUAAAACUCCAGCUCCUCUUGACUUGGUCUCCUGAGGUGUCAGGAUUGUUGGAACUUUCUCUGACAUCACAGCUUACGUUGAAGCACCCCAGCUUAUCUGUAACUUAAGAAUUGCCUUCCUGGGUGACUUGAUGUGACUUUUGGUGUUUGUCUUGCUCACCUCUGAGAGAUAGCAGAGGCUGGCAGAUCAGGUGAUGGAAUGUGUCUUGGUGAUGAAAGCGGUAAACCAGUCAGCCACUAAUCAGCAGUCCCCUGUUAGGAAACUUCGUGGCUGGAAGCAGGUCAAGGAGUCAGUAGAGAGAAGCCUCAGACUGGGUAUAAAAUUGUCCUGGGGCAGUUGACAAUGCUCCAGCCUCUUUUACUAAACUCUGUUGCCCCUCCCUCCAUGGAGAUUUGGAUUUUCUUGAGGUACAUGAACUUGCUCCCAUCUUGGUCCAUAUCACAUAAAAGUGCUACUGUUCUAGACCUAUCUACUACAUAAUUGCCUCACUAAAGGAGCAACUGUUAAGAGGGAAUGUCAUAUUCCUGUCAUAUGUCCAUCUGGGAGUCAGUUAUUCUAGAAUAACAGGUACAUUGUGUUUUUUGCAAAUUAUUUUCUUGGGCUCCCAGUGUCUUCAAUUGUUAAAAACAUGUUUCUUAAUGGAAACAUUAUAGCAAACACGUAGCUUGUUAAUUCCAUUAGCCUUUGGAGACAAGCCAACAAGAUGUCUCAGCAGGUAAAAGCACUUGACACACAGGCUUGCCAGCCUGAGUUCAGUCCCCAGAAGGAACGAAGAGGGAGAGAACUGACUGCAGAGUUUUCUUGCGACUCCCACAUGUGAAUGGCACUGUGCACGCUUCCUCCAUGAUAAUACAAAGUCUAAAAGGUUUGGAAAUAUUUUUCUUAGAGGUGUGUUUGUUUAUGCAGCAAAUCAGAUCUUAGGUAGAAAAUAUCUUUUUCUUUCUCUUCUACAACAUUGUUGCAGGUUCCCCAUCAAUCUUGUGGAAGCCACUUUAGGUGUAGAUUUUUACAGGUUCUGCUGAUAGGUCUGGCUUCCGAAGAAGUCAGUCUGUCCCUUUGUAUCAGGAGAGACUAAACUGUGAUGUUAACUAUGAAAGGUCUGCUUGCUGUUCCUUCCCUACACUCUUCCUGAUUGACAGCUGUGGUGUCAGUACCCUUCAGAUACUGUGAAAAACAACUGAUGUGUCAUGUGGAUUGAAACAUCAUGGACUUUUUUUCUUCUGUGGCUCUGGAUGCUCAUUUUUUGCUUUUUGGCAUUUCUG